UUCAAUCGCAACAACAACAACAACAACAACAAACAGAAUCAAUAAAUUCAAAUCAACAAUCACAAACUGAAUUAAAUUUUGAUCAAUUCGUUGCUGAUUAUUUUAAAUUUGAAGAUUAUAUUUCUGAAAGUGAAGGUGAUCUAGAUAAUAGUGAUAUAUUGUUUCCAUCAACAACAGAAACAUCAUUUAUUAUUGGAUCUGAUCAAUCAUCAUUGAUUAAAAUUAAAGAAGAAUCGAUGGAUACGUUUGAUGAUGUUGAACAACAACAACAACAACAACAACAAUUUCAAUCAUCAAAAAAUAAUAAUUCAUUACGGUUUAAUCAACAGAAUUUUAUCGCAACAAGAUUAUCACCAACAUCAUCAUCGACAACAUCAUCUGGUCAAUUAAAACAAUCAUCAUCAUCAUCAUCAAUGAUGAUGAUGAUUAAUAAAAUGGAAGAUGAUGAUGAUGACGACGACGAUGAUGAAAUUGUUGAUAAUAAUGAUGAUGAUUUGGAUGAAAAAAUUUUAACAGCAGCAGAUUUUUUAUUCUCUUCACCAUCAACAACAACCGAAACAACAUCAUCACCAUCAUUAUCAUCAAUGAUUUCAUCAAGAACAGCACAAACUAUGAAUAUUGAUUUACAUAAUCUUUCUUUGAAUGUUUUAACAAAUCCAAUUGAUUCACAAAUAUUAUCAUCUUCAUCAGCAACAUAUCCGUCACAACAAUUUAUCACUGCUACUUCAACUACUACGGGAACAUUAGCCCAACAACAACAACAACAAUUACCGAUAACAACAACAACAACAACAAUUCCAUUAUCCGGUAUAAUUGAAUUGAAUCAAAUGACUGCCGGUAAUACAACGGCAAUACAGCAACAACAACAACAACAAUAUCAUCAACAACAACAGCAAAAUGUUCAGUUAACAUUACCUACAUUAUCGACUAGUACAAUCGAUACAAUUCCAGCAUCAUCGUCAAGUCAACAUCGAUCAACAACAACAACGUAUCGAAAUAAUAAUCAAUCACAAUCGACAAUUUCAAAUAAAUCGACAAUUGGACGCGGUGGCAAUAGUGGUGGUGGUGGACAUAAAACUAAAUCAACAACAUUACAAACAUGUGCUGUUUGUGGUGAUGUUGCUGCUUGUCAACAUUAUGGUGUAUUAACAUGUGAAGGUUGUAAAGGAUUUUUUAAACGUACCGUACAAAAAGGAUCAAAAUAUACUUGUUUGGGUAAUAAAGAUUGUACAGUAGAUAAACGUCGUCGUAAUCGUUGUCAAUUUUGUCGAUUUCAAAAAUGUUUAACUGUUGGUAUGGUUAAAGAAGUUGUCCGUACCGAUAGUCUAAAAGGACGUCGUGGCCGAUUACCAUCCAAACCAAAAUCACCACAUCAAUUAGAUCAAUUAGGACAAAGAAAAUUACCACCAAUUUCAACCAUUGCAUCAUUACUGAAAGCACAUGAAGAAUCAUCAGUGAAUAAAGCUAAUCUUGAUUUUAGUCGAUUUAAUGAUAAUUUUGAUGAACAAAUUAAUAUUUGUAAUCAAUAUCAACAAGAUUUAUUUGAUCAUGAAAUAUUAACAAUAUUAUCAUCAUCAUUGGAUAAUCUUUGGUUAUUUAUUGAAAGGAUACCCGGUUUUCAUGAACUAAAUGAAUUGGAUAGAAAAACAUUAUUUCAAAAUUCUUGUUUAGAAUUGUUUGCAUUACGUUUGGCAUACAGAUUAAUUGAAAAUAAUGAUAAUAAUAUAUUAAUAUUAUGUAAUAAUAUUGUAUUACAUCGUAAUCAAUUUAAAUUUACAUUAGGUGAAUGGUUACCAAUGAUUGAAGAAUUAAGUAAACAAUUACAAUCAAUGAAUUUAGAUUUGAAUGCAUUUGUAUGUCUUUGUGCAUUAACGGUUAUAACAGCACGUGAUUGUAUAAAAGAUUCAAAUCAAAUUGAACAGAUUGAAAAUAAAAUUAUCAAUUCAUUAAGGGAUCAUACUAUUUAUAAUAAUGAAGCACAAAAAAAAUUUAAUUAUUUUUCAAAAAUUUUAACAAAAUUAUCUGAAUUACGAACAAUUGGUGAAUUUGGACAACGUAUUAUAAUGAAAAAAAUUCAACAAUUAUCAACAUCAUCAUCAUCAACAUCGUUAUCAGCAUCAUCGACAUCGUCAACAUCAUCAUCGAUAAAUAAAUUAUAUGAUAUAAUUGAAUUAGAACGAAAGAUCUCACCAAUUACUAAUAUAAAUCAUCAUCAACAGCAACAACAAUUGUCCAACACAGCCACCAUUAACAUACCGGUAACAUUUAGUGAUCUAAUAAGUCAUUGUGAUAAUUUAUCAACAAUUACUACAGUAGCAGCCAAUAUAUCAUCAUCAACGAUUACAUCAACACCACCGCAGCCGCCAACAACAACAUCAACAACAUUAAAUCAAUCAUUAGAUUUUGAUAUACAAACAAUAGCAUCAUUUUUUAAAGAUUGGCCCGAUGUUAUUGAUAAAUAAACACAGUGUGUGCGUGUGUCGAUGGGAAAUAGAUUUUCCCGAAUCGAAAUGAAAAUAUCGCUGGACGAAAAAAAAACGAUUCAAAUUCUUGUGCUAUUCUUUUCUUGUUUUGUACUUGUGUGUGUGCGUGUUAACCCUUAACACUCCGAACGCCUUUUGGAUGUUAGCUAUAUUCUAC